AUGGAUGAAGUGGACGAAAGUCCUACGAGCCCUCGCGGAAUUCCUGAAAGUCUAGGCGACGUCAGCUGGUUGCUUUCACGCAUUGAACAGCAAAGUCGUUGUCCACGCAACGCUGCGAGCUGGUUGAAUGAAGUUAAGAGCACAACCGCGAAAAUUUUGUUCGAAAUCAGCUUUCCCACCUGGUUCGCAUAUCGUCUUACGCGGCAUGCAGCUUUUUCAAAUUCUCAUUUUGAAGGCAAAUCUGAAUUGAAGGCAAAGCUACACUGGUUUGAGGCGCAGGGUGAAGAGACGAAGCUGGGACUCGCACGUCAAGUUUCAAAUCUUUUGUCACCGAGUGCGAUAAAGAAAAUCAACACUUGGAAGGAUAUGACACAAAACAAACGAAAACGUAAUAUCGAUGAAAUUGAGGAUGACUGCACCUCGGCGACGACGACAACUAUAGCCCCGGAGACCGCUAUCGCCUCUCAGUGCAUGACUGCAACGACAGAAAGUCUUUCUGUGUUCCACCAUGCGUCUCUCAACGAAACUCGCAAGCUGUUCCCGCGUCGUAUAUACAAUGCCAUAGUCAGGUCCGCUCCAUGCCCUGGUACUAUAGCGGCGUCGAUUACAACAAUCAGCCCAACUAACUCAAUACAACAACCAUGCCAAGUCGCGUUUGAGAUGCGAAUUAAGCUUGCAUCUGCCUACAUCCCAACUAUUGCGAAGGAUCUUUUUGACGCCAAUGUUGUUGAAAACAAUGGUGUUAUCUCCUUACAAACCCCGACGUAUACCGUCGUGCCUUCGCCAUCUUUAACGUUGAAAGGAUGCCGUUUGUUGGCUAUUCCGGAAAUCUUUGGUGUAGAAGUUGCUGAAGCUAUACAUGAUAGCUUCAUUUACCAAGGCGAUAUCUCCUACGGAUACGACACUACAUCCAGUGUC